UCUCUGGGUCCGUGUUGUUCUGCUGACUCCCACCGUUCAUACCGCCAUGGGUUGCCUGCUGCUCUUGUGGCUAGCCUUGACUCCCCUUCAGCCUGCCAGGACACAAGACGACAACAGCUGGGUGGAGGAGGAGGAAAACAUUUUGGUCCUGAACCAGCACAAUUUUGCCAGGGCUUUGCGGACGUAUAAGCUGCUCUUGGUGGAAUUCUGCGUCCCCUGGUCGGGGCAUUGCCAGGCCCUGGCCCCAAAAUAUGCCAGAGCAGCCAUGUUGCUAAAGGAGGAAUCCCUUGUGAAACUGGCCAAGGUGGAUUGCACCCAGGAGCAGACCCUGAGGGCCGAGUUUGGAAUCACUGGCUACCCUGUCCUCAAACUCUUCCGAGAUGGGAACCGCACCCACCCCAUGGAUUUCCCAGGUGAGCAGGAAGCCGCAGGCAUCGUGGAGUGGAUAAAGCGGAAAGCCGGUCCCAGUCUGGUGCUCCUCGAAGAAGUUGAUGAAGUGGCUGCUUUUGUGAAUCUCCACAAUGUUGCGGUAGUUGGAUUCUUCCAGGAUCUGCACGAUCCAGACGUGGGUCUCUUGGGCAAUGUGGCCAGUGACACUCCCGAGGUAGCCUUUGCCAUCACGGACAACCGGCUCCUCUUCCAACAGUACAAUAUUACUGAAGACACCAUCUCUCUCUUUCGGAAGGAUGAUGGUCAGAGGGUAGAUUUCUUGGUUGACGCAGAGCUGGGCCUGGAUGGAGAAGACCUGGCUCAAUUCAUCUCCGCGCAGAGCUUGGACCUGGUGAUGGAGUUCACAAAUAAGAACUCCUCCAAGAUAUUUGGGGCAAAGAUCCCACACCAUUUGCUGCUGUUUAUCAACAAGUCAGUGGAUUCCCAGCUGGGGCUCCUGGACCCCUUUCGAGAAGGGGCCGCUGCAUUCCGGGGUCAGGUGCUUUUUCUGCUGGUGGAUGUCAGUGGCGAAGGGGCCGGCGUAUUGCAGUACUUCGGCCUUAAGGGCCACGAUGCUCCCGCCCUCCGUUUCAUCAGCAUUGAGGCCAACAAAAAAUACCAGCUAGCCACAGAAGGACUCACGUCUCACAGCCUCCACACCUUUUGCCAAGAGGUUCUGCAGGGGAAACGUCAGCCCCACCUGAUGAGCGAGGAGAUCCCCAAUGACAGAGAUGAGAAGCGGGUGAAAGUCGUGGUGGGCAAGAACUUUGAGCAAGUUGCAUUUGAUGAAACCAAAAACGUGUUUGUGAAAUUCUAUGCCCCUUGGUGCCCCCACUCCAAGGCCCUGGCCCCAGCCUGGGAAGAGUUAGCAGAGAAAUACAAAGAUCACAAUAAUAUCGUCAUUGCGGAGAUGGACGCCACAGCCAACGAAGCGGCAGACUUGACCAUCCGUGGCUACCCAACCCUGUACUUCUUUCCCGCUGGGCCAGGCCGGCAGGUGAUUGAGUACAAAGGAGGCAGAGAUCUUGAGAGCUUCUCGAGGUUCCUGGAGGGGGGAGGAGGGCAGGUCCUCUCCAACGAAGAGGCUGGAGCCGCUGAGACCCCCAAAGAGCCCCGGCACGAUGGGAUGAAUCCACCAGAGGCCACAAAGUCCAGGGAGGAGUUAUAGAUCCUGCUGUCCCCCUCCUGAGCCUCACUUUCUACAGGAGGCCCCCACAGCGUCAUAAACAAUAUAAAGACCUUGAA